AUGAAAUCGGCGAGGUACCGGAGUGUGAGAUUCGAUAUUAAGGAUCACAACCCCAAGCCUGGCACGAAACGAGCCAAGAAGACAAAUUUCAUGGACUUGAACAGUGCAUCGGGAUAUGCGUUAGCAAUUCUGAUCAUGUUGAAGGGGAUCAUGAACAAUUUUGCUGCACACUUCGGCAUCAAGUGCAGCUCCUUCUGCAAAGUAAACGUUGGUACAUCGAUGAGAUCUGCAUGCACUUCGUUGGGUUUCAGUGACUAUUCGUCGGUCUUUCUAUCCAACAAGCUCUUGGAGAGGACUUGCACCCUCGUAGUUCUUUGCACAGCCCUUGGGGGGGCAUGGUCGUUGGAGCAACCUUCGGGAUCUCUUCUUGAGUUUUAUCCUACAUGGAGGUUCAUACUCGCAAGCAUCUUUAGAUGUGGAGGAGACCGAGCCGUGACCCUGGUGAAGUGGUGGAUGCGCCACUAUGAUAGCGCAACAGCAAAGAGACAUAUGGGUUUUGCCAAUACACCAGUGAUUUCCAGAUUGGACAAAGGGAAGUUAUCUAUGUCAGGCUUUCAGAAGAAUCCUAAGCUUCGAACUUGCGAAAAGUAUCAAGACGGUUCUGGUAAGACCCGCUACAAAGGCACUCGCUUUCUGAAGCAAACAGAGAUUUAUCCUCCCCGAUUUGCUCGUGCUGUAUGCGACCUGGUCGAGGGCAUGAAGAUGACAGCGCGCGGUCAGCCUCAGAUCACCAUGGAGUCAACACCGCCAGCUAUCGAAACGAUUCAAUUGGAUUGGGAGUUUGACCCAUCAUUGUGGCAAUACGUGGAUUUCGGUGAAGUUUUCGCAUACCUUCGGGGUUCAACCAAUCUGAACAUUCCCGAACCUUGGAAAACAAUAAUUCCAAGAAAAUUAUCAUAG